AUGUUGGUUAGGCGAUGCUAUGUGCUGGCACAAUUUGGGCACAAUGGCAUGGAUCAGGAUACCUUCAACUAUUGGGUUCAAGAUCCUUACACUUUUAAGGAUCUCAGAGCGGCAGAAUCCCACAAACACAGUCUUCAACAACACCAUGACCCAAAUGCUGGCCACGACACUUCUCCCAGGUGGCUUGAUUAUAGUUGGGAUCAGCACACUCCUUCACUCCCGGAACAGUCCCAUCAAUACAAUUACACUUCGUCCACUAUUCAAGGCUCCGCAGCCAUUCCGGGGAAUGACUCAGAAGACGCGAUUCUCGAGAUACCACAUGGAGGAGCCUGGGUAUCGCAUCCUUCGGUCGAUCAGUCACUACAACCUUUUUUGCCAACACUCUCGGAUUCUUUCCGUCUCCAAAACGCGGGCACUGUAAUUGGCUACACCUCCGAGUUCGAUCGGCCCCAGACUUUCACCAACUACCUUCCUCAGGCUUCACACUCUUAUCCAGACUACUCUGAGGAUACGAUCACCUUCUCGUCAUCAGUCGGGUCCCCCGACAAUGCCUAUAAUACCCGCAUCGCUUACGGUCAGCAGGGACGAAUCGUCCAGCAAUAUACAACGUUUCCAGAAGGUGUCGACUAUUUCACUAACUUUAACUCAUCCUCCCUUAGCCUCCCCAUAUCCUCUCCGCACGCCGGCCUUCCUCCAAAGCCCCCGUGGUGGCGCUGUAAUCUACACCGCCGACCCAAUGCCGCCAGAAUCCCGAGCCGUACGAAGGCAGUGCCAUCCCACAUGCGCGACGAAACAAUCUGCGGGGAGCCUAUGUGGAGCGUGCAGGAGUUCGUCGAGCACCUCAAACUCACCCACAAGAUUACGGGGAACCACGCGCGUGAGGGGAGGUGCUGGUGCGCCUGGCCAGGUGUCACUCCAGGAAGUUAA